AUGGUUAGAAGAUACUUAAAGGAGAAGUUCCCAACAAUUGCAUCUGCUGAAGAAGCUUAUGGAAUUUCCUAUUUUGGUGAAAAGGUAAAAUAUAGAUAUAUAAAUAUAUAAUUACAUCAUGUAAAUUUUACUAUUCAUAUCAUACUGUAGGUAUCAAAUGCAGGCCAGAGUGUACCAUCUACUCCACAUGGUGUGUCUGGUCAUAUUACAUCUGCAAGAUCUCCACUGCUUGGAUUUUCUCCCUUACGUGAUGCAGAUUUUACCAAACUUCCAGGCUGUAUUCUUGAUAUUGUGUCCUCUGGGUUUUCAAGUCUAACUCCACGACAACGAGAACAAUUACUCAUCCACUUGUUUCAAAAAUGGAUGGUAGAAGACAUUAACCCUCGUUUAGAUGCAACAUUCGUCCCUCCACAGCUCUUACCACUUGUUGUCAAUGCUAUGUCUGUACUCCGUGCUGGUAAUAAAGAUAAUCUGAUUUAUCACGCUGCUCUAUGCUUUGGAGAACAACGCCAUGGAGAUGUUGGUCCUAGAAUGCCAUUAGAUAGAAUGCCCUUUGGUCUCAUUGCACAUAAUCUGAAGUUUUUUGCAUCCAACCAAGUUUCCAACCUUCAAGCUCCAGAUGACUACAAAUCUUGGUGUCAGUCCAUGUAUGCUUUGUUUGGAAACAAGUGGGCCUCAAUGCACUUGGGGCCAAUGUGGUCCUAUGAGUUAGAAAGGGAGCAUGUAUCGGUUACUAAUGAUUCUUCAUUAAGUUUAGAUAUCAUAAGCCAAGCAUUGCAAGAAACGUUUGGAGAUGACUCGGAUGUGGUAAGUAUGGAAAACCCAUUGCCUGUCCUGAAGAAUGUGCAAGAUACUAGCAUUGCUGAUGAUGUGGCAAAGUCUGGAAGGGCCAUAAAAGGAGACCCAUUAAAGGUACGUAAUAAUUUAAUGAGCAUCAAUGUGGUGUUAUUAAUGUGUUGUAGGGGUAUAUACUGUAUCUAAAACAUCCAUGAGUAGUGAGUACAUUGCAAUUAAGAUAUCCAAAAAUAGUAAAAUACAGUAGUAAUAUUAACUAAAUUCUUCCUCUCUCUGCUAUUGAAGUAACUUUUCUCUGUCUCAUAGGCCAAGAUAAAUAUUGCUGGGCCAUCUUCACAAACAAUUCGAAGAAUGACUGAGAACAAUGAUUAUAGCAAGGGCACUGAAAUUCAGGUAUGUAUGUUUGCUUAUCAACAACUUAUAUAUACUAUAUACACUAUCUGUAUACACUAUAUGAUGGAUGUAUUUUAACAGACAUCUGCUUUGAAAUUUCUUCACAACGCCUACCCAAAUGGAAGGUGGUGGUUGAAAGCUGAUGGUACUGACAUUCAAGAGGGACUCAGAGAAUCAAUGAGAAAUGAAUGGUCAGGUGAUGUAGAUUUAGGAGAUGGUAAGUUAGGAAUUAAGUAUUCCAAAUACUUAGAAUACCUUAAGCUUGUCAGCAAUAUAGGGUUGAAGGACAGGGCUUCCUCUGACAACAUCAAAGAAGACCUUCAACAGAUGUGUUCUAAGCUAUCCACAGAGAGUGAAUUCCUGACAAAUGGUCAUGCAGAUGCCAAGAAGGAUUACAUGAGCGUCCAGGAUAUGGCCAACUCUACAGAGAAAGCAUUGUUUGCAUGUGCGUGGAAUGUAGAAGAGUUCAGUAAGUUGCUGGAGAAGAAUGCGUACUUGUUGCAGUCUUUGAAACAACUCUGGUUAAUCUACGUAAAGAAUUACAGGAUUAUGUCAAAGGUACUAGACUAUUAUUUUUCAGGAAUUUUAUUGUAAAUAAAUUGUUAGCUUUACUUGUAUGACACAUCAUAACAAAUGUUGUGGACAGUUAUUGGAAAGUCCUUAAACAUCACUAGAUCAGUUUAACGUUCUCUUAUAAAAUUGUAUUAAUAUUUCAGGAAUUACCUCAAAGACACGAGUAGCAGCAUCUCACAUACUGAUAUUCAUGGUAAGUGAUGAAUUGAGAAAUUUCAAACCAUAUGCUAUUCCUGUUCGUGUUCUUAAGUACAGCAGUCUGACAGACAAGAAUGCACGAGACCUGAAGGAAGAAUUGAAAACUGCAAUGGAAGACAUUGGCAUGGUAACUGUAGGUAUGUACCAAUUAUGAGUAUUUUUAAUGUUGUAUACUUUUACUGUAUUAUUUCUAUUAUGCCCCCUCUCUCAAAUAAGUCCCCUCUCUAAUAAGCCCCCUCUCUAAUAAGCCCCCUCUCUAAUAAGCCCCCUCUCUAAUAAGCCCCACCCUUUUAAGAGGAAUAAAUUUAUUAAACACCCCUUUCUAUUUAGCCCCUAUCCCCAUUCAUAUGAAUAUAACACAUUGUACAUAACAUACGUUAUAAUACAUACCAACAUGUUACAGUAUGAUACAAUUGUUAAAGAUGGAUUUCAUAAUCGAUGCUUGUGAAAAUUAUGUAAGAUUUUAUGGAUAACUAAAUAAGCCCCUCCCCCCUUCUAAUAAGGCCUCUUCAAUAUGCUGUAUUACAGGUAUGUAUUUCAUUCAAAGGUUUUGUUACUGAUGGUGAGUUCAAUUCAUUGCGAACACAAGGUAAAUAUAGACCUGUCUCAGUCAUUCAGCUGAUUAUGGACGCCAAGAAUGAAGCACGGGCGAUACCUGCCAAGGAGAUUGAGAAAUUCUUCAAGUCUGUAAAGAAAGGUAAUUAUACUGCACAUAGUAUUGUUGUAUCAUACCAGUAACAUAAUACCCUGUGAGAUACAGUAUAUACAAGAAACUGCCAUUUACUGUUAGUAAUAGCUAUUGUAGCACGUACUGUAUACAUGUAGUAUUCUUAAUUUGGUAUAAGCUUAUAAUAUUUGAGACAUACUGUAAGUUCUUUUGUUUAAAGAUGUUAUAAGCGAAUCGUACAGGAUUAAACAUAGUGAGUUGCAGUGGCGGUGGAACAGGGGGGGCUAGGGGGGCUAAAGGCCCCCCAGAAGUAAAAGUGGGGGGCUUAGCCCCCCCAGAAAAUUUUGUUUUCUCUGGAAAAAUUUUGAUAAUUAAGGAAAAAUGUAGGUUAUUUCUGGAAAAUUUAGGUAUAAGGGGGAAAAUUUGGGAUAUUUUGUGUAAAAAUCGAGUAUGUCCGGAAAAAUUUUUUGUUAUAGGUCCGGAAAUAUUUUUUUCAUCCCUUUUCUUGUAUAUGUCCGGAAAAUUUUUUCUACCCCUAAAAUGGUACACUGACCGAAAUUUUUUUGGCGACGGGGGUGGGGGUGGGGGUGGGGGGGAUGUCACGGAAAAAAAUUUAGCGCCCCCAAACUGAAAUCCGUUUCGCCGCCCCUGGUGAGUUGUAGACAUUCUCUGGCUAAAAUAUGAAUUGAAAUACAAGCUUUUGACUGCCAGUCUGCAGUCUUCGACAGGAAUUUACAAUGAAAAAUAUAUAUACAGUGGUAUAGAAUACAGAUUUUUGAUCAAGAAAGUAUCAUAUUUAUAGCAAACCACUAUAUACAAUUUUUUCAUCAUAAAUUGCCCAUCGUAGACUGUAGACUGGCAGUCAAACGCUUGUGUUCUGUAUUCAAAUAAAUAUUUUAACUCAUGAUGCAGAACGUCUACUGUACAGCAACAACUCACUAAGUUCUUUGUGUUCUGUGAUUAACAGAAGGUGUAGUUUUGCCUGUGAAAGGUCACAAUGCUAUUCGGUUUGCAGAUGUUCAGUGGUUAGCAGAGUAUAUGAAUGGUGAACCCAAAGUUUCAUUUCUCAAUGCAAUCAGGAUACUUUGCAGAAAACACUUUCCGUUUUUUUAUGACCCACACCCUUGGGUUGCAGGUAAGGUAUCUAUGUAACAUAUGCCACAAACUAGAUUUACUGUUACUUCUCAAUCUCUCAACUUUACUCAUUUACAAUUUUAGCUACAAUAUCAAGAUUAAUCUCAAAUAAUUUACUUGUAAUAUAAUGUACAGUAAAUUUUUUUUUUCUGUUAUGUAAAGGUAAAACUGAGUCGAAAUCUGACUGUUUGAAAUCCCUUAUGGCGAUGUACCUCUUCAAGAAUAAAGUAUUUACUUUAGAACAUAUUUAUGUUCUGUGCACAAGGUGUUAACUUUCAGGAUUAUUUGUAUGUGCCAGAGGUAAGUGAACGCACAGGUGAACCUCAACAAGAGCGUGAAGACCACAACCAUGUGCUAAAGAGAAUAGCUGGCAGUUUGAGAAAGAGGCAUAUCCCAAAUGUGGAUCUUCAAGCAUUUGUCAAGGCUAUGAAUAAUGCAGAAACAGGUUUGACCUACACUGCAUUGACAGGUAAGAGAAAGCAGAGUGUGGGUGACACCGAGAAAUUGUUGUCACCUGCAGUUGCUAAAUGGUUGAAAGCUAAUGGUUUCUUGAAUGAAGGUAGAUUUGUAGAGAUUGUAUCAAACUGGCACAAGGCAAGUGAUGGUCGUGGACUGACGGAAACUGACCGUAAGAAGUACAACCUGGCGAUGUUGGAUUAUAUAUUGGAAGACUGGAUGCCAUGGUACAAGGAAGAAGGAGAUUAUUCAACAUUAGAUGUCAAUAGGUACAUGUGAUGCACGCUUCUUUGCUCUUUUACUCUGUCUAAUGCCAGACAAUUUUAAUUGUCAAGGGGAGAUUUUUGUGCUUUAAUGAGUUAAUAGAGUUUUAUAAAUUGCAUUAAUUUCAGUGCAUAUUGGACAUACCUGUAAUGUACUGUACUGAAUUUAAUGUGCACUUCUGUUAAUUUAUAGACCUAUCAGAGGAAUUAGAGGAUUCACUAGAGAAGUUGUGGUUGCACUAA